GCGCUCGCGGCGCCCUCGCUCUACGGGUUGGCGCGAGAGUCAAAAGGCGUCGGCCGACCCCGGGCAAGAUGGCCGCCGUCGAGGUGUCGUUGUGGGGGAACUUCGCGCCGCGAUGGCGACAUCUAGGCUGAGCCGGAGGCGAAGGUCCCCGCUUCCUCUCCGCGGCUUGUGAGCUUACUCUACAGGAACAGUCUUGAGAUGAUCUUUGUUGUUACCUGUGAGCAGUGACGGACAACAGCUGUGUUCGUGGACCAAGCGAUCUUAUCUGUCAGGUGUUUGGACCUCCGGAAAAGUUGCCCAACCGAGCUUUUGGUGUUUGGGCAGGUUUUCAUAUCCUAUCACAGUCCUUCCCCUAUGAUGGAAAAUGGCAUAAAGGCUGAGUCAGCAUUAGCGUUUCAAUGCGAUUGAAGCCUGGAUUGAAGUUUGGAAAAAAUUUUCAAGAUAUGGAUGAAAAAGGUGACCCAAGCAAUGACGAAGUACCCAAGGCCAUCAAACCCACCAGCAAAGAAUUCAGGAAAACUUGGGGCUUUCGAAGAACCACCAUUGCCAAGCGAGAGGGCGCUGGGGAUGCCGAAUUAGACUCUCUGGAGCAGCAGCCCCAGCAGCAGCAACAGAGUCUCUCCUUGCGACGCAGUGGGAGGCAGCCAAAGCGGACUGAGCGGGUGGAAGAAUUUCUUACAACAGUCCGACGGAGAGGAAGGAAGAAUGCAGCUGUCUCCCUUGAGGAUUCCAGUGAACCAGCAUCUUGUCCCGUCACAGAUGUGGAGACAGCAUCUGAAGGGAGUGUGGAGAGCACUUCUGAGGGGAAGGGCGGGCCCACGUCUGGCCCCACGGGUGAUAAAGAUCAACCAGCUGUCUCUGUAAAGGCCAAAGGAGGUGAGGACGAGGAUGACACCUCGGACAGUGACAGUGAUGGGUUGACUUUGAAAGAACUUCAGAACCGCCUGCGAAGACAGCGGGAACAAGAGGCGGCCGACAGACCCAAGAGCCUCCAGAGCCGCCUGAGGAAGAAGCGCCGGGAGCAGGAUCCCACGCAGACUGUGGAUGUGGAGGCGGGUGAUGCCACAGAGAGCGUGCUGCCCUGCAAGCAAGAGCCCAAGGCUGAGCAGGGCACGGUGUCCCAGGCUGAGAAAGAUGGCGGAGACAGGGAGCUGGAAGGGAAGGCCGCUCAGGGAAUUGAAGGCGGAGACCCCGGGGAUGUAGGCAGGCAGAAGCCUGAGUGUGAGGCCUAUGAGCCCAAUGCUCUGUACUGCAUAUGUCGUCAGCCGCAUAACAACAGGUUUAUGAUUUGUUGUGACCGAUGUGAAGAAUGGUUUCACGGCGAUUGUGUGGGCAUCUCUGAGGCCCGGGGAAGACUCCUGGAAAGGAAUGGCGAAGAUUACAUCUGCCCAAACUGCACCAUUCUGCAGGUGCAGGACGAGACGAACUCAGAAAGCACAGAGCAGCAGGAGGCCAAGUGCGGGCCGGCAGACACAGAUGGCACAGACUGCACAAGUAUAGGAACAGUAGAGCAGAAGUCUAGCGAAGACCAAGGAAUAAAGGGUAGAAUUGAGAAGGCUGCAAACCCAAGUGGCAAGAAAAAGCUCAAGAUAUUCCAGCCUGUUGUGGAGGCUCCUGGUGCCUCAAAAUGUAUUGGCCCUGGGUGCUCUCACGUGGCGCAGCCUGACUCAGUUUACUGCAGCAAUGACUGUAUUCUAAAACAUGCUGCGGCUACUAUGAAAUUUCUGAGUUCAGGUAAAGAACAAAAACCAAAACCUAAAGAAAAGACCAAGACGAAGCCAGAAAAGCUCAUUCUUCCGAAAUGUAGCGUUCAGGCAGGCAUUAGAAUCUCUUCUCUGCACAAAAGACCAGCUCCAGACAAGAAAGAAAACACCGUGAAGAGGGCGACGAUGGCCCCAACGAGGAGCGAGGUCCUCGCGAAGGAAGCGACCAGUGAAGGCACGCCGUCCUGGGCGAGCGACCACAAUUACAAUGCAGUAAAGCCAGAACAGACUGCUGCCCUCUGGCCACCACUGUUGUAUAAAUCCACAAAGGAGGAUAGGCGGGCGGAAGAGAGGACCACAGCACCCAAGAAAAUGCCUCCUGCAGGCCCAUCGGCAAGCGGCAGACAACCUUCGCCCAGAAAUCUCCUUCCAAAGAAGUCUCCGCCCUUUGCAAACGCAGCAGCAGCCAAAGUGGCCAUCAAAAAGUCACCCUCGGGCUUCAAGGGCCCUGGACCCAAGCGGCCCUGGCUCUCGGCCACCCCCUCGGCAGGCACUCCUGCUGCCAAGCAGGCAGGGCUGGCACCUGGGGCUGCUUCCAAAAAGCUACCCAGCUCAGCCUCGUUGGUGGGGGCCGUCAGGAAGCCUGCAACCGCCUCUGUGUCCUUGGCUUCUCCAGCCCCGGGACGCCUGGGGUCCUCGAACCCCACCCUGUCUCAGCCAAAUUCUCAAAUUCGGCAAAAUAUAAGACGCUCCUUGAAGGAGAUAUUGUGGAAAAGAGUCAAUGACAGUGACGACUUGAUCAUGACGGAAAGUGAAGUAGGCAAAAUUGCCCUCCACAUUGAGAAGGAGAUGUUUAACCUCUUCCAAGUCACGGACAACCGCUACAAGAGCAAAUACCGCAGCAUCAUGUUCAACCUCAAGGACCCCAAAAACCAGGGGCUCUUCCAUCGUGUUCUGCGUGAGGAAAUCUCUUUGGCAAAGCUUGUGAGAAUGAAGCCAGAAGAACUGGUGUCUAAAGAGCUGUCCACGUGGAGGGAGCGGCCGACAAAGCCUGUGAUGGAGUCUAGAAAUAAGCUGCACAGUGAAAAUAAAAAGACCACCACUAAGCAGGAACCCGUGCCUGACAUGGAGGAUUCUCCACCUGUGUCUGACUCAGAUGAACAGCAGGAGUCGGUGCGAGCCGUCCCGGAGAAGAGCACCGCGCCCCUCCUCGACGUCUUCAGCAGCAUGUUGAAAGACACCACGAGUCAGCACCGGGCACAUCUUUUUGAUCUGAACUGUAAAAUUUGUACAGGUCAGGUUCCAUCAUCAGAAGAUGAGCCGGCUCCAAAAAAACAAAAGCUGUCGGCUUCUAAGAAGGAAGAGCCAAAAUCCAAGUAUGAGGCCUCUCCCUCUGAGCCAGUUCUUAGCUCCGCUGAUGAAAUGAUAUCAGAAACUCUGCCUGAAAAUGCCUCUGAGCCAGACCUGGAAAGUGCUUCUCAUGCGCACUUGGAGAGAAAGUAUUUCCCGGUGCCACCAGGAGACAGCCACCCAGAACCCUCCAGCCUGGAAGGCCCCUCCGGCCCAGCCACCUGUGGGGGCACAGUGCUCACCACUGUCACGGUAUCCGGCCGAGACCCCAGGACUGCGUCAAGUGGGUCGUGCACAGUCACGGCCCCUGCGGCAGCCCGCCAAGAUGGUGCUCACACAGUGGAACCCCGACAAGAUGUCCUGAAACCUGCAGUGACCUCGGUGACGGUGCCCAAGUCCAUACUAGCUAAGCCGUCCUCAUCCCCUGAGCCCAGAUACCUCCUGCCUGUGCCACCACCACCACGCAUCAGCCUCUCCGAGUCAAGGUCCCCUCCAGAAGGAGAUACAACCCUCUUUUUGUCUCGACUCAGCACCAUUUGGAAAGGAUUUAUUAACAUGCAGAGUGUAGCGAAAUUUGUCACUAAGGCGUAUCCUGUCUCUGGGUGCUGUGACUAUCUCAGUGAGGACCUGCCGGACACGAUUCACAUUGGUGGAAGGAUCGCACCCAGAACAGUUUGGGAUUAUGUCGGCAAACUCAAAUCUUCUGUGUCUAAGGAGCUGUGUCUGAUCCGCUUCCACCCUGCGACUGAGGAAGAGGAGGUGGCCUAUAUUUCUCUCUACUCCUAUUUUAGCAGCCGCGGCCGCUUUGGCGUUGUAGCUAAUAACAGCAGGCACGUCAAGGACCUGUACCUCAUCCCACUGAGUGCUAAGGACCCCAUUCCAUCCAAACUCUUGCCCUUUGAGGGACCAGGUCUUGAGUCACCACGUCCCAACAUAAUCCUGGGGUUAGUGAUCUGUCAGAGAAUAAAACGUCCCUCCAAUGCCGGAGAAUUAGAUAAGGUAGAGGAGAAGCGGAGCCGACUUCAGACCCAGGAAGAAAUGGAGGUUUCAGCCUACCCCAAAGUGCCUGCGGCCCCGCAGUCUGAGAGGAAGCCCCCCAAGUCCCAGGUGGGCUCCGGGGACACGACUGUCACCACCACCCCCCCGGGGUCUCCCCCACCGCCACCCCCGCUGCCGGAGCCACCCAGUGCGCCUGCGUCAUCGUCAUCGUCAGUGUUGAAGAUCCUGUCCUCACUCAAACCGGGAGCCGCGGGCCCCGUCCCGCCCCCGCCCCCGCCCCCGCCCGCGGCCGCACCUGCCCCAGCGGCUGCCCCCUCUGCCAAUUCCUCCACCUCGAAAACAGCCUCCCCCCUGGAGCACAUCCUGCAGACGCUCUUCGGGAAGAAGAAGUCAUUUGACCCCCCUGCCAGGGAGCCCGUGGAGACUGUCCCGGCCUCCCACCCAGAGGCCAAGGCCAAGGCCGAUGGCGGGCUGCCCGCAGCGCCUCUGCUCGAUCCAAUUGUCCAGCAGUUUGGUCAGUUCUCAAAAGACAGAGCUUUGGAGGACGAGGAAGACGACAGACCGUACGACCCCGAAGAAGAGUACGGUCCUGAGAGAGCCUUCGACACUCAGCUGGAGCGCGGGAGGCGCCCCGACGCCGAGAAGGCCCCCGACGCCGCCGAGCGGGAGGAGGUGGCCUAUGACCCCGAGGAUGAGACCAUUUUAGAGGAAGCCAAAGUGGCCAUCGACGACCUGCCCAACAGAAUGUGUGCGGACGGGAAGGGCGGCUCCGCGGAGCGGCCCGGGGAGCCCGCCGCCCCCUCCCUGGUGGAGCAGCAGAAGAUGAUCGAGGAGCUCAACAAGCAGAUUGAGGAGCAGAAGCGGCAGGUGGAGGAGCAGGAGGCGGCGCUGCGGCAGCAGAGGGCGGCCGUCGGGGCCUCCAUGGCGCACUUCUCCGUGGCCGAGGCGCUCAUGUCGCCGCCCCCGAAGGCCUCCCUGCCCCAGGCCGAGCUGUUCCCGCCGCCCGAGCAGCAGACCGCGGGCCGCCCCGCUGCGCUCCCCGGCGCCCCUCCCGCGGCGGGCCCCGGCUGCGACCCGCGGCAGAGUCGGGACCCCCGGCAGGCCCGGCGGCUGGCGGAGCACUGCGAGAGCGAGGCCGGCGCGAGGCCGCCCGCAGCCCGGGACGAGGGAGCGGAGGCCGCCCCGACGGCCAAGCCCGACGGCCCCAGGCCCGAGCGCUCCGAGCGCUCCUCGAGCCCCGCGCUGCCGCCGCCGCCCACAGACAGCGCUCCCUCGGCGGGCCCGGGCGGCACGGCCAGGCCUGCCCGCAAGGUGCUGCUGCCCACGCCCCCCAGCGCCGCCUUCCAGCCCGGCUUCCCUCUGCAGAACGACGGGCAGAGUUUCGCCUCUCCGUUCUCAGGUCCGGCGUGUACCUCUCAGGAGAAAUCGGUUGGCUCGUCCCAGUACGAGGAUCCGAGAAAUGCUCACUUUGCUGAAAAAAGUGACCACCCGGCAGCUGAACCUGACGGAGAGCCGCAGUGCAGACCCGGUGAGGGGGCCGCCACGUUCCCCUCCGCUGGACAGAGAGGAGGGGGCCCUCCGCCCCCGUCUCAGGCCCAGCGUGAGCCAGCACCGCGCACUUUCGGCACGUCGGGGCUUCAUGGCCCCAAUUUCCAAGGACCAAGGGGGCCAGUCCCUCCGUUUCCAGAAGAGAAUAUCGUCUCUAAUAGCGAUGGGCCCCGAGGGCCUCCGCCGGCUAGAUUCGGGGCCCAGAAGGGACCCAUCCCUUCCCUGUUCUCAGGGCCACACGGGCCACCCCCCUACGGGGACAGCAGGGGUCCCUCCCCCUCCCACCUGGGGGGGCCCAGAGGAGCAGCACCACCCCAGUUUGAAGACCGAAAGGACCCCCACGGGGAGAAAAGGGAAUUCCAGGACAACCCGUACGAUGACCUGCCCGGGCCUCCCCCUCAGCUUGAAGGACCCGAACAAGCCCAGUUCAUGGGAAGUAGAGGCACGGCGCCCUUCCAGUUCGGAGGCCAGAGAAGGCCUCUGCUGUCACAGUUUAAGGGGCCCCGAGGGGGUCCCCCACCUUCUCAGUUUGGUGGUCAGAGAGGCCCCCCCCCUGGCCACUUCGUGGGCCCAAGGGGGCCGCAUCCCAGUCAGUUUGAAGGACCCAGAGGCCAAGCACCAAAUUUCAUGCCAGGACCCAGGGGGAUGCAGCCUCAGCAGUUCGAGGAGCAGAGGGUAAGCUCACCCCCGAGAUUUGCCAACCCCCGGGCGCCAGCACCCCUUCCGUUUGGCGGACCGAGAGGGUCUGUGCCCUUUCCCGAGAAGAGCGAGCCCACGCCGCCCCGCUUCCACUUCCAGGGCCCGCCGGCGCCGGGGCUGAAGCCGGCGCCCAGGCCGCUGCUGGAGCUGCCCAGCCACCCGCCCGGCCACCCGCCGCCACACAGGCCGGAGCGCUGGGACGAGGCGCCCACACAGGGCCCCGAGGCCGAUUUCCGCGAGAGCAAGGGCCACGAGUACCGGGGCCAGGCCUUCGAGGGGCGGCCGAGGGAGCGGUUCGAAGCCGGCCCCAAAGAGAAGCCCCUGGAUGAGCCCGAGGCCGCGCUGCCGGAGAGCCGGCCGGGCCGGGCCCUGGAGGAGCGCCGGCGGGAGCGAGGGCGGCGCUGGAGCCGGGAGCGGGACUGGGAAAGGAGCCACGAACGGGGCCGGCACCGCGACAAGGACCCCGGCCGCGAAUGGGACCGGAGCCGGGAGCGCGGCGCAGACAGGGACCGCGGGCGGGAGCCGGAGCGGGCGGCCGAGUGGGGCCGGAGCCGGGAGCGCAGCAGGAACCGCGAGCGGGAGCGCAGGCGGGAGCGGGAGCGGUCUCGCAGCAGGGAGCGCGGCCGGGACCGGACCCGGGAGCACGGCCGGGAGCGCAAGGACCGCAGCAAAAGCAAGGAGGGCGCCCGCGACCCCAAAGCUGAGGCCCCUCGCGCUGCGACCCCCGCUGCGACCUAGCGGCCGCGCUGCCCGAGCCCCGGGGGCCGCCCUCCCCUCCGGAGGAGCUGGCGCUGGAGCUGCGAGCACGCCGUUUGCAAAGAGCUAUGGACUGAGAUGCAGGAUAGAAUAUUCUGCACAUCAAAAAUUACUGUAAUUUUGUGUAUAGUGGUUUCUUAUAAAAUUUCACAUCUUUACAAUUCUGAUGCUUUUAAAAAAAAACUAAGAACUCAGUAUUUCCAUUUAAAAUUACUGAAAUGGGAAAGUGUACGGAAGCAUAUUGCUUUUUCAGAUUAUAAAGUUAUCUUUUCCAAUAACUUGACUAUAGUAAAUUUUAAGGGAAUUUCAGUGGACCUUAGAGCCAUACCGUUACUGACAUCUCAUCUGUAUCUCUGUUUCUAAAAGCUGCUGUCACAGGCUCUGCGGGAGCACGCAGGCCUGGGGAGGGGGCCUUCUGCUCCUCCCUGGGAGGCUGAGAAAGACAGAGCUCGCAAAUGCGUUUUUCUUUUGUCAUAAAGAAAUUUGAAUUACAAAUUUCGACCAGGAAACAAAACAUUUCUUAGUUUUGCUCUGUUUUUGUAUAACACCUUCUACAUUUUUUUUCUCAAAUAGGAUUAAAAGCAACAUCUGAGUAGAAAUUGUUGCGUUUUUUAAAUAGCAAUUUAUUGAAAAAGGUGUAUCCUUUACCAGCCUAAAGAGAGUGAGAAAAGAAGCCAAUUAAGUGUACUUUAAAACAGGGGGGGGUGGGGGGUGGCUUUGAUUUGAAUAAUUAGGAGCAUUUUGUUUGUGAAACUUGACCAUCCGAGCAGCCCGUCCUGUGGCCCAGGGAAAGCACCAGCUUUUCCACCAGACUAUUACACUGUCCGGUGAUGCAUUUUAAAGUUUGUCGUUGAAAAUGGAACAGUUAUUUGUGUGAAGUUUAAGAUGGAAAACGGUGACAGUAGCUCUAGCUCGAGAACAAUAAGCCAGGAGGCUGUUGACCAAAACAGUGUCCUGCUCCUUGUCGCGUAUUUUCAAGUACUUCCGAAGCGGGAAAUAGAGAAAACCUUGCUAAUUUAUUUGACUGUACAAAUACACUUUGAUAAUUUUUUAUAUUUUCAUAAACUUACUUUUGCAAGUGUAAAGUUAGAGAAUUUCAUUCAUUCUUUGGAGUCUAUUCCAUUGUACAUCACUACAGAUUUUUCACUUUCUAGCACAAAUGUUCAAAUGAUAAAGACACAGAGAACUCAAUGACUCAGUGGUUCCAGACCAAGUGUCAGUAGGUUCAGUUGCAUUGACGUGGUGUCAAGUUCCAACAUCUACUAUGAUGUGAAGGGUUUUUUACAUGUAUUACAAAUUUUUCUAAUUUAAAUACACAAAUGUAAAAAUCAAGUGUGUUUCUUUAGGUUUACUUGAUAGAAAUUUCUGUAAAUUGUAUUUUAUAUUGCAAAGUAUGAUAUCACUGUACAUUAAAACACGCAACUCCAUAGGUUUUGUUACUUGAAGUAGAAUAAAUGUCUACAGAAGGUUUUCUGUC